UUUAACCAUCAAUCUUCCUAAAUUAAACGUAUUCUAGUCCAAGACUCAACCUUUUUGGCGCAUGAGCUGCCAUUUUCCUCUCCCAUUUUACUCAAACACCACAAUCUUGGACCUCCAUUCUUUGUUUUCUGCUUACUUCUUUGAGUGUAAAAUCUCACUUGUUUCAUUGCCAGUGAAGUACAUUUGCAAGUUCGUUCCUGUUUUAUUUUUCUUGGACUCGAGCAAUUAAAAAUUUAAGCUUUCGGAGAUUGAGGGCUGAAGUAGGUGUUUUUUGUGCUAAUUAAAAAAAAGUUGAGAUUUUUUUAUUGGUGGAAGUGAUGAAUACUGGAGGGAGGCUUGUGGCUGGUUCUCACAACAGAAAUGAGUUUGUUCUCAUCAAUGCUGAUGAAAUUGGAAGAAUCGAGUCUGUUCAAGAAUUGAGUGGAGAAACAUGCCAAAUUUGCGGAGAUGAAGUGGAGAUAACUGUAGACGAGGAACUCUUUGUUGCAUGCAACGAAUGUGCUUUCCCUGUAUGUCGAACUUGUUAUGAAUAUGAGAGAAAGGAGGGGAGUCAGGCUUGUCCUCAGUGCAAAACCAGAUACAAGCGUAUCAAAGGUAGCCCGAGAGUGGAAGGUGAUGAGGAAGAAUAUGAGACGGAUGAUUUAGAGCACGAGUUUGAUUAUGGAAAUCCUGAUGCCCCUGGCUUUAAACAAAAAGUGGGUGUUGUACCCUCUGUUCCUGCUGGUUCAACUGGAUCAGCCACAGCCUCAUCUUCUCAAGAGUUCGAGAUCCCUCUUUUGACAUAUACUGCAGAGGAUGCUGAGAUUCACUGUGACCAGCAAGCUAUCAUCGUGCCUAGAUCUAUGGUUCCCGAAAAAGACAUUGCCUUAUAUGGCUAUGGAAGUGUUGCAUGGAGAGAUCGGAUGGAGGAAUGGAAGAGAAGACAAAAUGACAAACUUGAAGUGAUCAAUCAUCAGCAGAGUAAUGGCAAUGGUGAUUUAGAUAUCAGUGAAAUGGAUCCUGAUUUGCCUAUGAUGGAUGAAGGGAGGCAGCCGCUGUCGAGGAAAAUACCCAUAUCUUCAAGCAAGAUAAGUCCAUACCGAUUGAUAAUUAUACUCCGCCUGGUGGUUCUUGGCUUCUUUUUCCAUUAUAGGAUUCUCCAUCCUGUCCACAAUGCCUAUGGCUUGUGGAUUACAUCGGUUAUUUGUGAAAUAUGGUUCGCUGUGUCGUGGAUACUUGAUCAGUUCCCGAAAUGGUGCCCAGUUGAGCGAGAAACAUACCUUGAUCGGCUUUCUCUUAGGUAUGAAAGAGCCUUUGAAGGAGGAAAAUCCUCGGAGUUAGCAAGCGUAGACAUCUUUGUGAGCACUGUUGAUCCCAUGAAAGAGCCUCCUCUUAUAACAGCAAACACAGUUCUCUCCAUUCUUGCAGUGGAUUAUCCAGUGGACAAAGUCUCUUGCUAUGUUUCAGAUGAUGGUGCAGCAAUGCUUACAUUUGAAGCACUUUCCGAGACAUCCGAAUUUGCUCGUAAGUGGGUUCCUUUCUGUAAGAAGUUCAGCAUUGAACCUCGAGCUCCAGAAUGGUACUUUUCACAGAAGAUGGACUAUCUGAAAAACAAAGUGCAUCCUGCAUUUGUGAAGGAAAGGCGUGCAAUGAAGAGAGAAUAUGACGAGUUCAAAGUUCAGAUCAACCGUUUAGUAGCCAUGGCAGAAAAAGUCCCUGAGGAUGGCUGGACAAUGCAGGAUGGAACACCUUGGCCAGGAAACAACGUCAGAGACCAUCCCGGUAUGAUCCAGGUGUUCCUCGGUCAUGAUGGCCUUCCUGAUGUGGAGGGGAAUGAGCUGCCUCGUUUGGUGUAUGUUUCCCGUGAAAAGAGACCUGGCUUUGAGCACCAUAAGAAAGCCGGGGCCAUGAAUUCUCUGGUCCGGGUUUCAGCUGUCCUGUCAAAUGCUCCUUAUCUUCUGAACGUCGACUGUGAUCACUACAUAAACAACAGCAAGGCACUGAGAGAAGCUAUGUGUUUUAUGAUGGAUCCCACUUCAGGAAAGAAAGUAGGCUAUGUGCAGUUUCCCCAGAGGUUUGAUGGAAUAGAUCGCCAUGAUAGAUACUCUAACCGUAAUGUUGUGUUCUUCGAUAUCAAUAUGAAGGGUUUGGAUGGUCUGCAAGGACCUAUAUAUGUUGGAACGGGGUGUGCAUUCAGAAGACAAGCUCUUUAUGGAUGCGAUGCUCCAACAAAGAAGAAGCCACCAAGCAAGACUUGUAACUGCUGGCCAAAGUGGUGUUGUUUGUGUUGUGGUUCUAGAAAGAAAAAUGGAGGAAAAUCGAAGAAAGACAAGAAAAAGAAGACGAAGCAGAGAGAUGCCUCCAAGCAGAUACAUGCUCUUGAAACCAUUGAACAAAGGAUCAAAGAGCCAAAUAUAGCAACUCCACCUCGUAUCUCCCAGGAGACACUCGAGAAGAAGUUUGGGCAGUCACCAGUAUUUGUAGCUUCAACGCUAUCAGAAGAUGGUGGCGUUCUAGAGGGAGUUAGUUCGACAUCACUCUUGAAAGAGGCCAUUCAUGUUAUAAGCUGCGGUUAUGAAGACAAGACAGAAUGGGGAAAGGAGGUGAGUCGUUUAGUUUCUUGCUUUUCUGUUUACUUUGACAUGUUUUCAAACGACCGUCUAAAUGUCAACAUGCUAAACCAGGUUGGAUGGAUUUAUGGCUCUGUCACGGAAGAUAUACUCACAGGGUUCAAGAUGCACUGCCGUGGCUGGCGCUCAGUUUACUGCACGCCUAAGAGGCCUGCAUUUAAGGGAUCAGCUCCCAUUAACCUCUCUGAUCGUCUCCACCAGGUUCUGCGAUGGGCUCUUGGUUCAGUCGAGAUUUUCCUGAGCAAACACUGCCCAAUCUGGUAUGGCUAUGGAGGUGGCUUGAACUGGUUGGAACGGCUUUCCUACAUAAACUCUGUUGUAUAUCCAUGGACUUCUAUUCCAUUGAUCGUGUACUGUACAUUGCCCGCCAUCUGCCUUCUUACCGGGAAAUUUAUUGUACCUGAGAUCAGCAACUAUGCCAGCAUUGUAUUCAUGGCCCUCUUCAUCUCCAUUGCCUUGACUGGUAUUCUUGAAAUGCAAUGGGGUCGUGUUGGCAUUGACGACUGGUGGAGAAACGAGCAGUUUUGGGUUAUAGGAGGAGCUUCCUCACAUCUGUUUGCUCUUGUUCAAGGAUUGCUCAAGGUUUUGGCUGGAGUGAGCACCAACUUCACGGUAACCUCAAAAGGAGGAGAUGAUGGAGCUUUCUCCGAGCUGUACUUGUUCAAGUGGACAUCACUGCUGAUCCCACCUACUACAUUGCUCAUAAUAAACAUCGUUGGAGUUGUGGUUGGGGUUGCAGAUGCCAUCAACAACGGAUAUGACUCUUGGGGUCCGUUGUUUGGCAAGCUAUUCUUUGCGUUUUGGGUCAUAAUGCAUCUCUAUCCAUUCCUCAAGGGAUUGACAGGGAAGCAAGAGAGGUUGCCAACAGUUAUUGUGAUCUGGUCGAUUCUGCUGGCUUCGAUAGUGACCCUUUUGUGGGUGCGAAUCAACCCCUUCGUGUCGAGAGAUGGACCUGUACUUGAACUGUGUGGACUUAACUGUGAUGACUAAGACAGCAUUUGCACACAGUUUACUAUCUGAGUAGUGAUGAUGGAGUUUUGUGUAGUGUAGAUAUAAUUCUUGAUGUUUGUUUGGAAAAUGGUUCUAUUCAUUCUUUGUUAGAUAUAUUUAUGCUUAGUAGUGAUGGUUUGUUGAUUCUGGUUUUCUAGUUUGUCAUCUUGGUAUUCAAAUGUGGUGGCAAACCGCAACUGUGCUUAAAGCUCAUCAUUCUUUGUAUUAUUAUUGUUGAUUUUUCUUAUAUGUGAUUAUAAUUUAGAGUAAUUGCAGUGUUUCAA